AAUGACUAACAGGAAACGGUGUAAUGUUUACGUUUAAUAAUCCAACUUAUAAAAUUAAGUAUAAUGGAAGACGAAGCUCCCGUCAUUUACGGUUUGGAAUUUCAGGUCUGUAAAUUUUUAAUGGCAUUAUUUGAGUCCGAUUCUUAGACCGUCUUAUAAAACUGCUUACAAUCGCGGCUUCGCAAUAACUAGUUGGAAGUAAUAGUGGAUAAAGUUAAAGUUUUAUCUUAUUUUUAAUUUAGUUUUUAACAGUUAGUUUUAGUUUAGGCUUAGGCGGCUUAGGCUUUAACUUUGGUAACUUUAGGCCUAAGACUAAGUUUAGUAUUGAGUUAAGUUUAGCCAGCCUUUCUUUACACACUAACACAGUUUACUCUUUACUUUAGAAUUUCUUUGUUAAGCUUAAAAAAAUACAGGAUAAUUAUACAGACAAUUCAACUUAAUACUUAUACUUAAUGCCUCCUUCUCCAGCAGAUAAUACUCACUCAAAGUCGUAGCAUAGACUGUCACAGUGUGUGCAAAAUGUCACAAAAAGAAUUUAAAAAUUAUUUUUAGUAAACGUAAACUUAAGAAAGUCUAUUACUAUUACUAUUUACUAAGUCGUGUAUUAUUAUUUACUAAGUCAUUGCUAAGCCUAAGAACUUACUAAGAUUAAGAAAAAAUGUCUGAGCCUGCUAAAAUUACAGGAUAUAAAGAAGUUUUGGGCUAGAUGUCUUUUUCAGCAGAAAAUACAAAACAAGAAACAACAGAAAAUUAGAAAUCAAAAACAUUAGUGAUAAAAACAAUCUCAGUGAAUUCAAUGUGGCUCCAUGUUGAGAACCCAGAAGCACUCUAUAAAAGAGGUGAAAGUCAAGUUGUUCAAAACCUUAACGUGCAUACAUACCUCAUAAGUAAGUGUGGUAUGUUCUUCUUAGGAGAUUAUAAGAGUUAAAAGAAUACUUUAUUAUUAAAUAUUAUUAACAUAAAAUUUAAGAUUUCAAACCUCAUGAGAAGAAAAAUAUAUGGGAAAUCGAUGUCCACUAUUAAGAGAGUAUUUGAUUGAUUCCAUAUGAUCGAGGUUGAAAAUCUGAAUUAACUUGCUUUCAUUCUUCACUGGUGUAUUAGUGUCAGAAAUAAGUGCAGUGAUGGAUAAAUCUGAUUUGUCAUUGUGCUCACCUCCGUUGAAAUGGGAUUAGACUUGGGGAUGGCUUGUUUUGUUCAAUAUCACAAAGGCUACCUGAUAGGUUCAGUGAACAUCUAUGAAUAGAUUUUCUCUUAAUAUUAAGAAGCUGCCAUUUUUCAUUAGGCCAGAUCACUUUGUGCCCAAGAAGCUGAAACAGACAACAUCAGAUUUCUUGUUGGAACACAGUCAUUAAGAGCAGAAAAUCAGGUUGGUCCCUUAAAAAUCUUUUUAUUUAAGAUGCUUCAACCUAAGUUAGCAUUUAGUUGAAUUGGGUCAAGGUUAGAUCUGGGAUAAUGUUUUAUCUGAUAAGACAUUAAGAUAUUCAAACAAGAUUAGGAUCACCAAAAUUGACCAAAUAAUCUUAAAAGACUGUUGGAUGGGAUUUCUGAACACAGAUGAAUUAAAUAGAAAAUUUAAAUAAAAAAAUGAAAUGCCAGAAUACAAAUGUUCACAUUCUCUUAAAAAUCAAUAUUCUGCAACACCACAACCUGUUUAGUAUCAUAUGGUAGUAAUGUAUGCAUCCAUGUGUUCGAAAAAUACCCACUCUAGGGAAAGGCAAGAAAGACAUUGAGGAACAUAAUUCCAAGAUCCAUAGUUGAGAUCUAAGGGGAAACUAAAAAACAUUAUGUGUAAACAGAAAUAAGGCAAAUUAUAGCAGAAAACCUAAUAUACCCAAAAAUGUGUUCUACUAAUAUUUUAUUAUUGUUUUCAAUUACAGAAUGAUCAAUCCACUGAUCGUGUGCCCUCAAAGUAUAGAAGAAGAAAAGACAACCCAUAACGCUUCAGCUGGCAACCCAUAAAUCCCGAGUCAACUAACUGUAACACACCAUUCGACAACCACUUCUUUCUUUGUUUUUUUUGGGGUGGGGGGUGGGGGGGGGUAAAAGGGGGUGGCGGGUUAAAAUGAUGUGAAAUUAAUGACAUUCAAUAAGGUAUCAUCAAUCAAAUAGGUUAUUUAUAAAAUUAAAUACAUUGAAUUUAUCUUAGGAUUCUAUCAUUAAUAUGUGAGUUUAUUCAGGCCCUUGAUAUAGUAACUUAUGUUUAAUUUCUUCUCUAUGUCUCAUACUACUAAGGUCCAUUACAUAGACUUUGAUGACGAAAACAAUGUAAUCAACAAAACAGUUUUUUUGCACCGGGAAGGAGAAAUUUGGAACAUCAGUUCAUCAACAUUCGAUGCAUCACUUCUUUCUACUUGUUUUAACAAAAGUAAGACCAUUAUUAUAGUACCUAGAAUUAGAAGAAAGUAAGACUAUUCUGGGUUUGAUUAGUUUUGAUGUAAUCCUUUAAGCAGCUAAUAUCUUGUGUUAUGUAGUACACUUUUUCCCCGUGCGUGAACUUUCUUUGACCCUGCAUUAGACUCCUAGCAGAUGGUAAUGUUUGUUGUGGGCGUGGUUAAAUCUCUUUGAUGUAUCUUGUUUACUACCGGCAACCAAUUAAACAUGGUUAGUAUAUCUCCUAGUUUGUUGUGGAAUGAUCGCAAUUUGUUCUAGAAACGUAAAAAAAUGCUGAACAGCUUCUGGAAGGCAGUGCUUACGCUGCAUAUAUAAAGGAUUGACAGGGACGGAGAUUGAGAUAGAUUCAGAUAGAUAUUUUUAACGAUUCAGAUAGAUAUUUUUAACUUUACGAGACGUGUAUUAUGCUUUGUGUUCUUAUAUAUGUGUUUAUUCGCAUUUCAUCAUUGUACAUUAUUAAUUGGCACAUUGUACUAUCUGUGUACUGGUACAUGAUCUACCAUACGCUGUAAUUUGAUGAUUUGUAAUUAUAUUUCUUUUGUUUUAUAAUUGUAUUAUUACUAAAUUAAAUUUUAUUAAUUGUAAUCGGUACUGUUUUCGGUGUUGUAUAUUUGUUAUUGUAUUUCUCUAUGGUAUCAUCCUUUGUUAGGUACUGUUUGAACGAGCCAUAAAAUUAAAAUAGGAGAUAAAUUUUUCACCAUAGAAGCCAGUGCGUAACAUCUUGUUUAAAAUGAAGUUCUACAUUUAGUUCUGACAUCACAUAAAAAUGAUAAAGGCAUGCAAUGUAUUAUUUUUAGUUUUAAGGCCUAUCAUACUUUACAAAAUUAUUUUCCAUAUUUAAUUGAAAAUGCUUUUUUCCUCUGUCACUGGUCGCUCAUAAUUUUGCUUUUUAGAAACUAAAAAUAUAAUUUUUUUAAUUCAUAAAGUAAUUCAAAGCAAAUUUGAUUAAUUUAACACUAAACUUAGCUUUUAAUUCAAAAUAAAUAAUCAAUAUAAUCUAUAUAACAAGUAAAUACAAGCGUAUUUUGUUGACAAAAAAUAAUGUGCUCUGUGUUUAUUUUAAAUUUUGGUUUAGCUUCAGACGCAAAGUCAGAGUUAAGAGCUGCAGUAUGGCAGUUACCAGGAACAGCUGAUCCCUUCAAUCCAUCAGCAGAUGACACGUCCAGUUCUCAUCCCCAUCUUCAGUUCAAAUGUUAUCUGACACCAGAAGAACACAGUGAUGUCAAAGGGUAACAAUUAAAGAUGUUGUGUCUGUAUAUAUUUAUGAAGUUUGAAUGAUAAUAUUCAAAUCAAAAAGAUCCUUUGUUGUUUGUGUUUACUUUUCUGCAAAACUAAUUUGUUCUAACUGGUUUUUUUCAUUUUUCAGCUGCAAGAAAGUUAUGAUUUUAAAUAUAUAUCCGUAUAUUAUUAUUAUUAUUAUUAUAAAUGGUUUUAUGGCUACCCAGCCUAGUACAUACAAUUUAACAAAUAUAAUCAAGAACUUAAAAAAUAAAUUAACAUAAAUUAAUUAAAUAAAACAAAACAAAUGUAUAUUUAAAACUAUUUACUUGUCAAGCCAUGGACGACGCCCAGCAGCAUCGUUUUUCGGUCAGAUGUGGGAAUCAGUCAGGAUAGUAGAGUUUACAAAGAUGUGUUUUGAGAGCAGUUUGAAGGCUGGGAUAGUCGGUAUAUUGCGGAUGUGUAAUGGAAGAGAAUUUCAUUGUUUAGGGGCACGGAAAGAGAAAGAUUGUUCACAAUAUAUUUUUUUGCGAGUCUUGGGUACAGAAAGAAUAUGCAUGUCUGCGGAGGAGCGAAGAUGUCGAAGGGGUGAAUAAACAGGAAGAAGUUUGGUAAUAUAGGAAGGGCAGGAAUUCGAGAAAAAGUUGUUGUAGAGAACAGAGAGUUUUUAGUCAAUCCGUGCUUGUACACGGAGCCAAUGAAGUGAAUUAAGUAGUGGUGUGAUGUGAUCACGUCUUUUUUGCCUAUAGAACUAGCCUAACAGCUGAGUUUUGAACCUUUUGUAAUUUUUCUAAGAAGUGUUUUGGUGAACCUGACAGAAGAUAUGCUGAUAUAAAUGGACACGUUUUAUUUGGCCUUAACAAUUUUUUAAAAACUUUUCUUUAGAUUGUCCAGAAAUAAGAUAUCAUAAUGCAAUGAAUUGCUCAUUUUUUUCUUCUUGAAAUUCAAAUAACUGAUUCACCAGAAUAUUACCUAAUUUUGAAACUGAUUAGUGAAAAAACAAAUUUUUAAUUAACAUGAUAAUGUGUGCAAAUUUGUUUUUUUUUAAAAUGUUAUCAUCAGCAAUCGUACAAAGUGAUUUUAAUUUUAUGAACAUACCCCCUAGAUUUAGAUUCAUACAUAAGGGUCUGAACUUAAUGUCAUUUUUAAUUUACUGUUAUAUCUUUUUCAGUGUAUUAUGGCACCCUGGUGGAGACAGUCAUUCUGUUAUUGGUCUGUGCGAGGAUAAAAUUGUGUGCUGGGAUCUAGAUUCUGCUUCAUCAUCUGCCAAAGUUCGCAGUUUUCCUAUCUUUUAAUUCCAAAUUUUGCAGAUUUUUUUACUUAAGCAAUACUUUUCAAAUGCUUUGAAAUAAUGGUAGAUAAAAGUAAAAAAUAAAAAAAAAAAGUUAAAAAAAAUAGUUUUAAAUAUGAUUUGGUGACUUAGUUUAAUUACAGGCAAUUAUUUUGUUCCUGUGUUGUUUUUUAAAUUAUUUUUUUUUGUCUUGAAAAUAGAACUGGAUGUGAUGUUUGUUUUUUUAGGUAACAAGUAGCACCAGUGUUGAAGGUAGGGGUCAGCACAAACUGACCUGUGGACGAUGGAAUCCCCACCACAACUGUAAUCAAAUUGCCACAGCUAAUGAUACAUCCAUUCGGGGUAUAGACCUCAGAUCAAUGAGGUAAAUAACAUAAACUUACCUCCCUGUUCGAGGUAUUUAUCAUAUUUGUUACCCAUGAAAAUAAGAAUCAGUAAAUUUGGGUAGUUGAGGGCAUUAUUAUUUAGAUGAUUUGUCAUAAUUAAAUCAAAAUGGUUUAUGCUACUUAUGUGCAAAAUUGACUAAUAACAGUUUAUUAUUAAUGAAAUUAUUAAACUGUCAAGGACAUAAUCCCAAAUAUUAAAAACGUGUCAUAAAAAUGAUUACCCUUUCAGCUCUGUAACAUAUCUAGCCAAGAGUACAAUUUAUUUCAUUGACUCUUUCCUUAGCCAAGUGUAUCAGAUUGAAUCUGCUCACAGCCAAAUGGUGAGGGACUUGGACUUCAACCCCAACAAACAAUACUACUUGGUGUCCUGUGGGGAUGAUUGCAGAGUGAAAUUCUGGGACACCCGCAAUGUCACAGUGCCCCUCAAAGUGCUGUCUGAGCACUCGCACUGGUAAAGUUUAAAUUAUCUCUGUCAAUUCUGAAAGGAUGAUUAUAAUAUGAAAUUCUGAUUUUUAAAUUUUUAAGUGGGACAUUUUUCUAUUUGGUUAAAUAGAGACAUUUUUAAUAUAGGCUUGGGUUAACACAUUGCUUCUUUUUUUGUGCAAAGAAAUGCUUUGUGAUGCAUUAUGCUUCGUAGGGCACCUUGCUUUCUAAGUACCAAGAACAUCACUGCUACAAUUUAUUGAUUUUCUUUACAGAAUGUCACUGCAUUUUUAUGAUGAAAUGCCAAAUGGUUUUUUUGCUUUAUUCUUUCAUUCCUAUGUUACGAGUAAGAAUUUUAGCUUGGCUUAUUUUAGCUCUCGAGAAAUUUAUUAGCUUACAGAUAAUUGAUGAAACUAUUGAGCAGACUGAUUUAGAUCUAUUGAAACUCAUGCAAAAAAUGGCCCUGGUGUUCCUGUGGUUUAGUUCAAGAUUACUCAAUAGAUAGGAUCAGUACAAUAAAUGUAGAUGUUGUCACCUGGGUGACUAUAGUCAUGGUUUUGAUAGUUAACAUGUGAAAAUGUUUGACUGUUGAAAUUGUAUUGAUUAUUUAAUUUCAUAAAGGGUUGGACAAAAAAAUGUUCAUUUAUUUUUUAAGAGUUUCCAAUUGACUUAUUUCCCUUUGUUUAGGCAGCGAGGAGGGUUACACUAGCAAAACUAGUUUAGCUAGGACUGUGUUAGUCAAGUUAAUUUCAAACAGUCUUACAUAGCACAGUGGAAGCUUAAACUUAUUAACUCACUGUUUCUUUGUGUGCUUUACUCUUUAUCAAGAGACUUAGCUGUGUUGUAGAUACUGUUUAAAAAACAUCAGUGCUGGACCACACAUUAGCAUAAGUUCUUUGUACAUUUAUUUGUACAUUUAUUCAUUUUUUUAAACUGUUGCACAAGUUUAUAAUGAUAUUCCCCUCUCGUUAUUCAGGGUUUGGUCAGUUCGAUACAACCAUUUCCAUGACCAGUUGGUGCUGACGUCCAGCAGUGACAGCCGUGUGAUUUUAAACAGUGUUGUGUCGCUGUCCUCUGAGCCCUACGGUCGCCUGACAGAGAAAGAUGACACUGAUGAUGCUGAGAAUGAAGGGUGAGAAAUGAAUUAUACAGAGUUAUUUUUUUUCUCGAUUCUAAUAUUAUUACCAUUAGUUAUACAUGUAUCCCAAUUUUGCUGUUAUAAUUUUUUAAUAGCUAUUUUACCCCUAAGAAUGUGUUUAACAAAAAUAUCUGAACCAACUUUGGAGACUCUGCUGCUAUAUUAGUUUGAUAUAUAAACUAUGUGAGCCAUAUGAAAUCAUUUAAAACAAUAAUAUUUGAUGAGGGGGUGGGAAGGGUGUAAGAGAGCAACUUGAAAUGGUGGGGGAAUAGCUUGUUAUAAAGAGAGAUCAUUCCCACAAUGCAACACAGCUGGAAGAUUUUUGUGACCUCUGAAAAUAUUUUCUCAUUCAUUUGCCAUUUUUUUAUAUGGCAACAAUUUUUCUGAAGUUGAUUAAAUGAUAAGUGGACAUUGUCAGAGGGAAAAAAAAUUGUGAUAUAAUUAAUAAUAUGAGUCGGAAAAAAUUUUGUCUAAACUCUCUGGCUAUUUAUUCCAAAGCUUUUUUAAUUCACAGCUUCCAUGCAGACUAGGUUUUUUACAAGGCGCUCUAUAUCAAUUUCUAAGAAGUACAAAUGUUGUAGAGUUCCAUCUACAAACCAUUUGUUGGGGCAUCAGCAAAAAUUUACCACUGAAUGAGUUACUUGUUUGCACUAGUUCCUCAAAGUUUGGCUUCCUAGCACAUUGAAUUUGUAAUACCUGGUAUGCACAGGGCACCUAUGCGGAACCUGUGGUUCCCCAGGGUGUAUCAGCCCACACUUUGGUAGUCACUGCCAUUUUAUCAUUGUUGGCAUUUGCUUGAUUCUUAUUUAAUCCACAUUGUAGCUGUUAAACAUAGUAAGAAAUAUGUAACCAAAACUUUUUCAUCCAGGAAUCAUGAGCCUCCAAAAGAUGGUGUUAUAGCAACAUAUGAAGAACAUGAAGACAGUGUCUAUGCUGUGGACUGGUCAAGUGCUGACCCAUGGACAUUUGCUUCCCUCAGUUAUGAUGGUCGUGUCGUAAUUAAUCGUGUUCCUCGUUCAGAAAAAUACAAAAUUUUGUUGUGA